AAAGUCCUCGUAAUAUUAUAAGCGCCAGGCGGCGUACAAUCUAGAUCGGCUCACGAAAUGCUCUCUUUGGUUUAUAUUUUUGAAUGAUAACUUCAAUUUUCUAAACAAAUAAACUGAUUUUCGAGACACGUCCCGAAGACGGAUCGCAAAUAGGAUUGAUAAGAUAAUCACAUUGUCGUAGCCCAACGUGACGAGCGGCCAAAUGGUUACACACGCACGGUGACACGACCAGUUAUUGUGCAGUGAACUUUCAUUAAAAGCACACCUUCGAAUGUGAAAAAUGACAACAGCCGGACGUACAGCGGGCAGUUAAGCUAUCUUCUAGGGACGUUCGUCUGCACCACAAAUCUGAGGAAGGAAGAUCUAUUAUGGACGAUCACAAGAAGAAAGUAACUCUAGAGUUCAAUGACCUCUGCCUCACCAUCAACAAACGGGAUGUUCUUCGCCGAGUAUCCGGCUUCGCUGAACCCGGUCAGCUACUAGCUAUCAUGGGACCGAGUGGAGCGGGAAAGACGAGACUUCUGACUUGUCUUGCCGGACGACAGAGGGCGCUAGAAUCUGGAAAUGUUUUCCUGAAUGGUCAACCUAUAUGCAAACGGCUGAAAAGACAGAUCAGUUUCGUGUUGCAAGAAGACCUGUUUCUCAGCGAACUCACAUUAAAAGACACUCUAAAGUUCACAGCGGAUCUCCGGCUACCCAGUCGAAUGACAGACGAGGAAAAACGGGAGAAGAUUCGGAGUAUCGUCGAAACCCUAGAUCUACAAAAAUGCCUCGAGACAAAGAUGGGUGAUUCGUUGAGUCGUGGACUAUCAGGGGGAGAGAGGAAAAGAGCUAGCAUUGGAUGUGAACUCCUCACUGAUCCUUCGAUACUGCUACUGGAUGAGCCCACAUCCGGACUGGACUCCCGGACGGCCUUUCAUCUGCUUGAGACCUUAAAAGACUACGCUGUUUCUUCUGGAAAGACCGUCGCCAUGUCAAUUCACCAGCCUUCCAGUCGGGUAUUCAACAUAUUUGAUCGGUUACUCUUGCUAUCCGAGGGGCAGGUAGUUUAUUUUGGAGAAGCUGACAAGGUGGUGGAUUACUUUGCCCGGUUAGGACUCCAGUGCCCACAGCAUUACAAUCCAGCCGACUAUAUAAUGGAUAUCGUUAAGGGGACUGAUGAGGAGCGGGCAAAGAUACACGACGCAGCCAAAAGACCGUCAUGGAGCCAUCGCUGCUACAGAUCACGCUUAUCUAAUUGCAACCGAGUCAUAUCAGCAACAGAGAAUGAAACAAGCAAAAUACGUGGAAGCAUCAACCAUGCUUCAUCGUUUGGGAGUCUUCAAGAUGAUAGCUUGGACAAUUCCGUCUUUAUUGACUGCGUCAUUAACGAGGUUGAUUGCAGAGUGGGAACACCACGUAACAGUCACGUGAUCAUUAACAGUUUAAACACCAAUGUAAACUCGUCCACAAACAAUCGUUCCAUGACAUCGCUAAGUACCGAGCUGCAAACUAAACCACCAAUAAAUAAACCUCAUAAAGACAAUCAUGGGUAUAAAUUUCCUAGAGACAAUUACACCAUCAACAUGGAAUCGCAGGCAAACGCAGAGAAAUGGCCGACGGGGUAUUUUCGUCAACUUUUUACAUUGACCCACAGGAACUUCAAGCAGAACCGAUAUCUGGUCAUUUCCGGGCUUGACUUCUUCAAGCAUCUAAUGAUUGGCUUUAUAGCAGGAGCACUGUGGUUCCAAAUAAGGUUUACAGAGGAUAAAAUUCGAGAUAUAUCCGGUGCGCUUUUCUUCAUAGCUGCUUACUGGGGAUUUGAAUCGAUUUACAGCAGCUUAACGUCUUUUCAGAUUGAACGCGCGGUGCUAGCCAAAGAAAGAUCAGCUGGUGCCUACCGACUUUCCGCCUAUUUCAUGUCAAAGGUCAUCGGAGUACUUCCGCUGUUGUCUACGAUGACAGUUAUCUCAGUGACCAUAACGUUUUGGAUGGUCGGGCUCCAUGACUCUGUCCUGGUAUACCUGCUUUUCAUCACAACAUUCCUUCUUUAUGUGCAAGCCGGACAGGCAAUUGGGCGAUUUGUCAGCGCAGCGUGUUCAUCUAUCAGUCAGGCAAUAACAGCGUCUGCUCUGGUAAUGCUGACAAGCAUGCUUCUAGGAGGUUUUUACGUCGUUAGACUACCAAGGUUUCUGUCGUGGUUACGAUACGUCAGCUACACAUCCUACAUGUAUGGAGCUCUUCUUGAGGCAGUCUUUGUCCUGGAUCCACAAACUAUCAGCUGUAACACGACAGCCAUCUCAGAAUUCGGAGACUGCUUUUCCUUAAGCAAAGCAGACGAUAAUAUCGCGAGCAUGAGUCCAUUAUCGGACGCUAUCGUGUCGAAUUCGUCAUCGAUCGCAAGUACGCAGGGGACUAUGGAUGGGGCGCAAAUUGUCGAUACAUUGCUCAAUCUCGGUUUGCCUAUAUGGGGCUACUACCUGGUACUGUUUGCAUACUUUGUUACAUUCAACUGUCUUGCGUAUCUCGUGCUUAGAUUUCGCAGAAUAUCCACGUGAGACUGGUUUUGUUGAUGGGGACCCGUUUUGUGAAAGUUGCAGCUAACUUGGCUGAGCAGCAGCGACGACCAUGGCGUCAGUUGUGAGAUUCCAUCCAACGGGCGCCUUCAGAGCUAAAUUAUACUCAUGGCUCAUUGAAAUCACGUAAUUUCUAGGACAUACCUUUUCGGAGCCUUUCACGAAGGGGAGUCGUUGAUCUUUCCUUGCAAGGUAUAACUCCUAUCAUCAGAUUGACUGAUAGAAAAGUCACGGUGUUCGGGAAGUCUUUCGUAAAUUUGAGAUAUUCUCAGAAGAACAAAAAAUAAAAACCCCAACACAAACAAACCUCUACUAUUUUUUAAUACUGCACUCGUAAUUUCCGUCUUUUAAUAAAUGUAUUUGAGGGCGUUGAUGUUAAAUCCUAUUGAACGAUUAAAAUAAUGUGCCUUUAAAUGAUGGUCGCAUCAUUAUAAGUAUCAAAUAUCAGUGAACAUAUUUGUCAUCAUGUCAUCAUUGCUAGGGUUGUAAUUGAUAAAUUCGAAUGAUUUCAUUCUUGUUUCAUUCUUUGAUAAUUGUUUAGCCAGUUUAAAAACUUAUCCAAUGGCCAAACUGUAAAUUGUGAGUUAAGUUUGUGUGAAUUUCAUUGUGAACGCUUUGAUCACCUUUAAUACAGUAAUGUUCUUGGCAUUAUAAAUGUCUUUAUUAUUAUUAUCAUUUCAUUACAAUGGUCUAUUGGGGGUGAGUGGAUUGGUGCAGGAGAUAUUCACGGGGACAGUAGCCCCCUGUCACCCCAAUUCUUAUUGGUAUUUACUCGUGCGAAAAUGUAAUAAAGAAUCUUUUGUAAUCUGCUUUGAAUUUCAAUUGUGAAAAUGCCCAAUUCUGGUCAUUGUGUAUGCAUGUUUAAGCUCGGAAAACGUACAAUACAAUUUUUUUUAAUCGGUUAAUACAUUUAGUGGGAGGAAUAUACACAGUCUAAUGUUGGUAUUUUAGGGCGAUUAAUGUAUUUAAGUCUACUAUUAAAAAGAAAGCAGAGAUUUGGAGGGAAAGAGAAAGGGAGAAAAUAGUUAUCGAUCAAAAAGUGAAAGUAUAUAAGUUAAGAAAAGACUUUUAAAAAUAACUAUAGAAAGUAAACAAAAUGACAUUUUUUUUUCAAAUACUUGUAGCAUUUAUAUUCCAUGAAGUUUGUCUUUAAAGGAAAUGUGCAAUAAUGAUCACGGUCCCGUGGCAUCAAAGUUACCUUUAUGGUAAUUUGUCAUCCAUCGAGAUCAAGGAUUAAUUGGUAUAGAUAGCAUUAAAUGACAUAUUUAGCACAGUAGUAACUUUGACGCAACUGGGCUCUGUCUGAUCUUCAAUAGAGUAUCUGGGAUGUUGUCAAUAAUCAUAUACAUUAUCCCCUUAUUAAGAGGUAUUGAUACCAUCAAAUGUUUUAAAUGACACCAAAGAAUACAUAAAUAACAUGUUUAUGAUUAUAUUCGUUUCCGACUUCAAAGAACAAUUUUGUUUAUCAUGUAUAUUGUAAUACCGUUUAUGUCAUGAUUCUCAUUUUGUCACUUAUAUAGACAAAUGAUUAUGUAUUCUUAAUACCACAAUGUAUUCAAUAUUGAUAA